CGUGCGCGCUCCCCUAGACAGGGUCGGGUUGACCGCGAGGAAGUGCCGUGGACGAGCAUUGGUCUGUCUUAAGUCUUCUCCCGUGGGCAGAUUUAUAAACCCUUCCUCGAACACAGGCAGAUUUAAAAUACAACAGCGUCUCAGUAUUUUUUUUAAAGACACGUUUUUUUUUUAAAAAAGGCCGCAGACAGUUGCGGGUAGCUGCAGUGACGGAAUUCUUGCUUUAAAGGAGCGUUACAGUAGGAGAAAUGGCUGCUGAGGUGAACGGUAACUCUGCCCAGGUUAAGGAGGAGGACGAGCCAAUGGACACCUCAAAUGUAACCCACACAGAAAACUACCAGACUCUCAUAGAUGCUGGAUUACCACAGAAAGUAGCAGAAAGGUUGGACAAUAUCUUUCAAACAGGUUUGGUGGCAUACGCAGAUCUGGACGAGAGGGCCAUUGAUGCCUUACGAGAAUUCAAUGAAGAAGGUGCUCUCUCCGUUCUGCAGCAGUUUAAAGAAAGUGACUUGUCUCAUGUACAGAACAAAAGUGCAUUUUUAUGUGGAGUAAUGAAAACCUACAGACAGCGAGAGAAGCAAGGAAGCAAGGUACAAGAGUCUACAAAGGGGCCAGAUGAAUCUAAGAUUAAGGCUCUGCUGGAGAGGACAGGGUAUACUUUGGAUGUGACCACAGGGCAGAGGAAGUAUGGGGGCCCUCCACCUGAAUCGGUUUAUUCGGGACCACAGCCAGGAGUGGGAACAGAGGUGUUUGUGGGAAAGAUCCCAAGAGAUUUGUAUGAGGACGAGUUGGUACCUCUUUUUGAGAAAGCUGGCCCAAUCUGGGAUCUGCGGUUGAUGAUGGACCCCUUAUCCGGUCAGAACCGAGGAUAUGCUUUCAUCACUUUCUGCAACAAGGAAGCUGCACAAGAGGCUGUCAAACUCUGUGAUAACUAUGAAAUCCGGUCUGGUAAAUACCUUGGUGUCUGCAUCUCUGUUGCAAACAAUCGACUGUUUGUUGGAUCAAUUCCAAAGAACAAGACCAGGGAAAGUAUCUUGGAAGAUUUCAGCAAAGUCACAGAGGGCCUUAUGGAAGUGAUUUUGUACCAUCAGCCUGAUGAUAAAAAGAAAAACAGGGGUUUCUGUUUUCUGGAGUAUGAGGACCACAAAUCUGCAGCCCAAGCCAGGCGCAGGCUGAUGAGUGGCAAAGUCAAAGUGUGGGGGAACCCAGUCACUGUGGAGUGGGCUGAUCCUGUAGAGGAGCCUGACCCAGAGGUGAUGGCAAAGGUUAAGGUGCUGUUUGUGAGAAACCUUGCUACUCCUGUGACUGAGGAGCUUUUGGAGAAAACAUUCUCUCAGUUUGGGAAAUUGGAGCGAGUGAAGAAGCUUAAAGAUUAUGCUUUCGUUCACUUUGAGGAUCGGGAUGCAGCAGUCAAGGCAAUGCAAGAGAUGAACGGAAAGGAGCUUGAGGGAGAAGAGAUUGAAAUAGUUCUUGCAAAACCCCCCGAUAAGAAACGCAAAGAACGUCAAGCUGCCAGGCAGACUACUAGAAAUACAGGGUAUGACGAUUAUUACUAUUACCCUCCACCACGAAUGCCUCCACCUGUCAGAGGCAGGGGACGAGGAGGCAGAGGUGGAUAUGUGUAUCCUCCAGAUUACUAUGGCUAUGAGGAGUACUAUGAUGAUUACUAUGGCUAUGACUACCAUGACUAUCGAGGUGGCUAUGAAGAUCCUUACUAUGGUUACGAUGAUGGCUAUGCUAUGAGAGGAAGAGGCAGCCGUGUCAGCAGAGGUGCUCCUCCUCCACCAAGGGGCAGAGGAGCCCCACCACCCAGAGGAAGAGUUGGCUACACCCAGCGGGGUGCACCUUUGGGAGCACCUAGGGGGGCUCGAGGUGGCAGAGGAGGUCCGUCCCAACAGCAGAGGGGCCGAGGUGCUCGGGGAUCCAGAGGAAACCGUGGAGGCAAUGUGGGUGGAAAGAGGAAGGCAGACGGGUACAACCAGCCUGAUUCCAAGCGUCGCCAGACCAACAACCAGCAGAAUUGGGGCUCCCAACCCAUCGCCCAGCAACCUCUGCAGCAGGGUGGCGACUAUUCCGGUGAAGAAGCGGCAGCUCCAGCGAUAGAGUGAGGAACACAUCACAGCUGUGUUCUUCAUGAAGGGUGAGCUUGGUUUCAACUCUUCACGACUAACUGAAGUUCUCUCUUCCUCUGGGGUUUAGCUUCACAUUCUUGAUGUUUUGCUCAGUAGGAGGAUUGCUAAGUAUGCUGUGACCUUUAUCCCAAUACGUUAUCAGUCCUGAAUGUAGUGUGUGAUUUAUCAAAUGUAGCAGCAGAACUGCUGGAAGAUUUCUGGUUUUGAACUAUUGGGCUGCAGGUCAUUUCCAUCAUUUUUAAUUUUGGAAAUUCAGUUUUGGGAUUUUUAGUCAAGAAUUGGUUUAAAAAAACGCAAUGUAACUUACUGGUCAAAACAUUGAGAACUGUCUACUCCUCAGAUGAAGGCUUCAGUUAUGAAGCUUCCCCAAACCAGUUUGCAAAACAAGAUAAGUUACACUUGAAAUGCAGCUUAUCCACCAAAGUCAAUCAUAUCUUAAAUCUGGCUUGAGUUGCUGAUGGGUGUCUUAUUGGGGAAAGAAAAGACUGAAGUAAAUAGCAGUUUAGUGCAGCUUUAUGCCAGGGUGAAUCAAACUUCAGAAUGUUAAGGUUGGCCUUAAGCACAACCCAACAUGCUGGGGUUUGCUCAGUAUUUUCUUCACUUGUUUUUUUUUUCCCAUUGGAUGUUUUAAUCCCCCCCCCCCCUCCCAAAAACAUUAAAACAUUCACCAUGUCCUGCAGUCAGGACCUUCACGUUUGAAGCUUGGAGGAGACUGCCUCCAAGGUUGGCGGACAGUUACAUUUUCAUGUGUUCCAGUUCGAUGGGAAGCAUUCCUUUCUAUUGUCUUUACUGUUAAAAGGAUUUUCCCAGCCUGAGAAGAAUGAUUCUACCAUAUUGAGCCUCUUGGCUCUUCUUUAUGUUUGGAAAACCAGAAGACAAACAUUCUACAAAAUUGAUGAUCCAAUUGGCACCCAGCGUCUGCAUUAAACACUUGGAAGGACUACCCAUUUUUCAUCUAAUGGCAAUCAAUUGGCUACCAGUUUCUGUGAACUGGUUGUAUUCACCAUUAUGGAAUUUAGAUGAUCAGUUAUGUGCUUUGUUUUACUUGUGUUCGUUAAUGUCUUUUCUAGAUGAACAAAGAUCUGUUGGCUUUCAUUUUUAACAAUUCUUGUGAGAGAUAUUAGCAUCAGUUUUUUUUACACAGGAGUCUACAUGAUAUUGUGCAUUAUUAAUAGGAUUAUAGGAUGGAGGUAAAAGUAUCUUGCAUCAUGUGGAAAUUAAAAUAUGGACUUUUUACAUGUUUUAAAUGUGCUAUUAAUUAAGAACUUGAGUAAUAUUUUUGGGGGGUGGGGGAGAAUGCCAGUGCUGAAAGAUUAGAUGAUUGCAUUCUGGAAGUCACAGCUAUUGUGAAAUUAGUUCACUUAUAUUAUGUAGAAGAUUAGUAUCUCAAGUGGAAUUCACACCAUUUGUCGUUAUAAAUUAAAGAAUGGAGUCCAUUGUCAGAAAUCAUUAAUUCAGUUGCCAUAAUAAUCAAAUUGCACACAUCCAAGAAUGGUAAUACUUAUGUAAAUGUUUACCUGAAAUUACAGUAAAUUAGUGCUUCCAAAUUAGUGCUGUUUGGGGUCUGUGAAACCACUGCGUAGAUUUUUGAACGCAGUUGAUUUAGUAUCUUAUGCCCAUGCUUAAUCUACUACCAAAUUAAACUUUUAAAGACAUCAUAUUAAUUAUUGGAGAAACAGAAUUUACUUCUCUAGAUUAGUUUCCUUCUUGGGCAACCUUUUUUUUUAGGUAGUAGUGAUGUUUUCACGACUCAGCAGUGCCACAGUAAAAUUCUAACCUGAAUGUUUCACACAAUCUGUCCCUCAAUGAAAAAUGUAUACAUAGCUUCAUUUGUAAUUACCGAUGUUAUAUGAAAAUAUAUUUUGUCAUUUGCUCACAUUUAUAUGAAACUUGCCAAUAAGGAGAAAUGCUUUUUUAAACUACUGCUACUGAUAGAACCUUGAAUAAUUUGCUAGAAUCCAUAGAUCUUAAAGUUUAAAGCCUUAAAGUGCAGUUUUGAUUUGAAGAUCUUGACAGUAUGCAGGAGAUUCAAAACAUGGAAAUUUCAGACGGUAUGCACUGGUUUGUCAGUACUGUUGCUCAGAUUGCUGGACCCAGUAGUGCCUCUUUUAAAACCUAACCUAUUAAGAGAACUUGAACAUAAUCUUCUGGAAUGGAAUGGUUUCAUUUGCACCUACUUCUAAGAUCCUGUCAAUUCUGACAGUAGUUUCCAAAACUAGUAUCUUAAGCUCCAGAAUUGCUAGGGCUUGAACAUGUGAAUUGUAGCUGUUAAUUUAUUCAUUAACGGUAAGUAUGAUUUUUAUACCUAAUAAUAGAAAUUCUUUAAAUACACUAUGUGGAAAUUCUUGUAUAUACACAUUGCAAGACAGUUAUAACACUCUUGAGCAUAGUGACCUUUAAUGGUUAAAUCCAGGAUGUCUCAUUUUGUGUCGGGGUCUAUACAACACAUAGUUUAGCUUUAGAGAUUACUUUGUUUUGCUAGUCAAUGUUUAAUCAUGUAUAGAAAAUUCAAGUCUAAUUUUUGAAGGUGUUGACUGACAAUUAUUUCACUGCUUUUUUUAAGAUUUGCACAUUUUAUCGACUACUUUGACUUUGGAGGAAAAACUUUAAAGUGCUGAAAAGCGUUUUUAUGAAGAAUCCUGUUUUAUUUUACAAUGCAGAGCCCUUACACAUUUUUGCAAAGGUCCUUUCAAACCUAACCAGUAACAAAAUAUGACAUGAAAGCAUCGCAAUAGUGUGUUUGAGCCCCUUGUUUUGAUUUGUUUCCAUUUGACACAAUUUUAGUGUGCAUUUGAAACCAGUUUUCAGUUAUCGAUGUUUCAUGACUUCCUUUCAUGUGGGUUGUGGUAGUAAGCACAAUCUCAAAGGAAUUGUGGGUAUGUACUGGCGAUAUUGUUCAAGUUCAUUGAUUAAAAUCUGACAGCUCAGAUUUUGUAGAUGUAUAGAUUUAGAAAUUUAAGUCAAAUUUAAUAGCACAUUUGUAAUAGUCAUACUAAUUUAAGUAUACUUUCAAUGUCCAAAUAGAGUACUGUGAGAACGUCAAGAAUGCAUGAGUGCAGUUCCAGGGACAUCACUGAGGAACAAAGCUAGGUAUUGGGAGUAUGCACCUGUAUUUCUUUCAUUGAGUUACCUUGACACCAAAUUUCUGAAUUUACUGAAGUCACGCAGUGACAUACACCCAUGUUUUGAAACAGGGCUAUGAGUUCAUUUUCCCUUUAUUUUAACAUUUGUUAACAAAGCACAAAAAACUCAGAAGGGGCUGUUGAUUUUGCGACUAACUGUUUUAGUAAUAAAAAGCUCCUUUUACAUUUCAAACUUAUUGCCUUGUUUUAAUGAUUUUUCAAUAAAACAGUCUGUGCACAUUGGGUCUUUGGCUUUUUUGAGUAUGCAUUGGGGAUGAAUAUCAAAGAAGCUUUUAUCCAUUAACGGACUUAUUUUGAAAACUUUUACUUGGAACAAUCCACAUGCCAGCCUUUUUGCUCAAGUGGAGAAUCCUGCCAGAAAUUUUGGAAUUAUUUGAUCACUCAUGUACUGCAGUUCUUGCUGUUGCUCUUUGAAUGAUUAGCUAUUCAUUUUCCACAUUCUGAUGAAUAAAAAUUUAAUGAAAACCUCUUGCAAAAUUGCACCCUACGGCAUUCUCCAGCAUUAUAACUAUUUCAUGAUAGCGCCUCUGACUUUCAGUUAUUGUACAGGCAUAUACAAGGAAACGUUCACAAUUUAAUAUUAAAAUUUAAGAAAACAUUUACAUAUUUGAAUUAUGUAGAUCAGGCUUGAAAAGUCUUAAGUAUGCUUUACAUGUCAAAGAACGUCUUAAAGGUAUUUCAUCUGCUGGUUUUAUGGGAUACACGGAUAUGAUGAGCAGCUUUUAUCAUUAACAAUUUUAAAACUGAAUUUACACUGAACAUUCCUAAGUUGAAGUGCUAAGGGGGUAUGUUCAAGAAUUUUCUACAAUUCCGAUCACAAUCUAAAAAAAUGUACACCCAAACUAAAUCAAGCAUUUUGAAUUCUUCACAGUUCCUGGCUAGCAAUUGUAGUCAUGGAUAUAUUUUUGUAGUUUGCAGUGAUUAAGGUUACACAGAAAUUCUAAAACAAACAUUUUUUGGUGUUUUGGUGAAAUUGAAUAGUAGGCGAUCAUAAUAUUCAUUCCUUCUCUUUGAAUGGAAAAGAAAAGAUGGUGUUUUCACAGUCUUUAAAAAAAAUGGAGCAUAUUUUUCAAUGUAGUGCAUACAUGUUGAAUGUUGAAUCAAGAAAUUGUAAUAUGGCUCUUAAUAUGAAAUGAAUCACCUUAAAAAAAGCCAAUCACCUUAUUUAAAAUUCAUUUGGAAUGAACAAGGCCAAAAAAUGUUGAGACCAUGACAUUCGUACCUUCUGUUUCCAAUACUUUACGUGGCAGGUAAUGGAAGAUGGAAAUUGGAGUACAAGCCUGAUUAGAGUUUCCAUAUGUAUGUAUAUUUUUUUUUGGAACGUGUUGAAUUGAACUGGUUGUGAACUGUACAUUUUACAGCAGAUUUCAAAGUGAAAGUUAAACUUUAAAGACCUCAAAUCCUGAUUAAUGUUGUUUGAUUCUCAAGUCUUUAAUUUGUAUAAUAAAUAAUUCAUUU